UAUGUAUCAAGUAUUAUUAGCUGAAUUCACAAAACAUGCAACUUUGCCCCAACAGAUGGACAUUUAUCAGCGUCUGUGUCUGUUAAUUAUUUGUUUCUGUUCCAUCAUGUGUUUAAAAGGAACGCACUGAGCUGAAGAAGAGUCCUAGAAAAGUAAACCGAAAGCAGUAUUCACACGCUGAAGAUCUCACAGUGUGGACUGACAGGAAUACAGAGAGUCUCCACGGAAAACCAAACAAAACAGAAAGGAAGCAGAAGUGAAACAAACAGUAAAUCCGCUCCGUAUGGCGACCGGCAAGAAUAAGAUGAGUCUCAGAGAAGAUCUGACAUGUGCCAUCUGCUUUGAGCUCUUCAAAGACCCUGUGAUGCUGGGCUGCAUGCAUCACUUCUGCAGAAGAUGCAUUGUUUCAUACUGGAAGACGGUUAGGGGUCCCGUGUCCUGUCCUCAGUGCAGACAAGAGUUUCCCAACAAAUGCUUUCAGACCAACUACUUAGUAGCUGGCCUUGUGGAGAAGGUCAGGGCCAGCUACACAUCUGCGUCUGUCAAGUAUCUGGAGAAGCAAUUAAAGGACCGUCUAGAAUCACAGUUCUCCACGAAAGAGGCCUAUGCCACUAUGAUCCGUGAGGACAAAGAUAAGAUGGAGAAAAUAAAAAAAAUAGGAUCUGAGCUGCAGGGGCGAGUGCACAGUGACUUUCAGGCUCUGCAUCACUUCCUGCAGUUGGAGGAGGAAGCCAUGUUAGAGCAUUUGAAAAGAGAGCAAGAAGAAAUGCUGCAGAGGCUGGAGCGACAUCUGGAGGCCCUACAGGUGGCCAUCAGAGACGUAGAGCAGAACAUCAACAAGCUACGACAGACUGUCAGCAGCACAGACCAAUCUGUACUUGUAGAGCUUCCUGAAUUGAAUUCCAGAUCACCUGUGGAAGAGCUGAAUAUCAACCUGAAUACUUUCAGAAGCAAACGCAUUGCUCCUCUUCAAUACAUCAUGUGGCGAAAAAUGUUUCAACAGUUGAGUCCAGGCCCAGCACCAUUGAUGUUUGAUGAGGACACAGCCCACCCCAGUCUACAGCUCUCCAGGAACAAAACCCAAGUCAUCGAGAGCGACAAAAUGACCAGCUACACGUGUGAUGCCAAACGCUUCCUUCAGUGUGUCAACGUUCUAGCUACAGAAGGCUUCCAGUCAGGCAGGCAUUACUGGGAGGUGGAUGUAAGUAAAAAUCCUAAAUGGGACCUGGGUGUUGCUCUGGAAUCAGUGAAUCGUCAGGUCAGGGUCAAGCUGUGCCCUGAGAAUGGGUACUGGGCCCUCCGGCUGCGCAGUGGCAGCCAGUACUCGGCUGGCACGCAACCCUGGACGCCGCUGACUGUGAUGACCCCACCUAGCCGGAUUGGGGUUUUCCUGGACUGUGAGGAAAGGAAAGUAUCUUUUUAUAAUGCAGAUAACAUGGCGCUGCUGUAUUCCUUCUCCAGCGGGCCGAGAGGAAAAGCAUUCCCCUUUUUUAGCACGUGCCUUAGUGAAUGUGGUCAGAAAGCCCAAGCCAUUCGCAUCCUCCACUUCCCCUUCGAGUGUCCAACAGAGAUGUAAGACAAAGCCCGUAGACGCUCUUGUAACCUGUAACUGUGUUCACAAGUCUGUAUUUAUCUGAGGUUUGUUGAUAUCGAUACAUUAAAGCUGUGCAGUGCUCUUAACGCUAAUCAAACAUACUAAAGUGAAUUUUCUUUGUUUUUCAUCAGAGGGACCACAUCAUUUUUAACUGAUGAGAUUAGAUUUUACAAGAUGUUAAUGACUGAUGUUAAUCGACGACAGUGGCCACAUUGCCAAACCCUUUGUUUUAAAUUUUUUUAUUAAUUGCAAACCUUUAAGAAACUGUAAAUAAAUACUAUAUGGUUUAAAUCAGUCAAAGUUUUUAAUGUGAUCCCGAGCAACUACAACGGCGCGCUUUUACACGAAUAUCGCACAAUAUUCUUUUCAUCAUUGCCUUUAUAGAUAUGCAACGUAAUUAUAGAUAUUACUUGGAAAUUAAUUAAAAUACUUUGUUCUUUUCA